AUGGCCUCCAGCAGCCUUCCCGACCCGACGGCAGACCUUCACUGGUCUGACUUCAAGGGCCCCAUCCACGAGAUCUUCGCUGCCAAUGCGCGCAAGCACCCCGAGCGCCGCUGCGUCGUCGAGACGGCGACCAGCAGGACCCCCGAGCGCGCCUUCACAUACAAGCACAUCUUCGAGGCCGUCGCCGUGCUCUCGCACCACUUCGUGCAGAGCGGCAUCCAGCGCGGCGAUGUCGUCAUGAUCUUCGCCCACCGCGGCGUCGACCUGGUCGUUGCCAUCAUAGCCGUGCUGGCGGCAGGCGCGACCUUCUCCGUGCUGGAUCCACUAUACCCCCCCGACCGCCAGUGCAUCUACCUCGAAGUCUCGCAGCCCCGCGCCCUCGUCGUCAUCAACAAGGCCACACAGGAAGCCGGCCAGAUCUCCGACCAGGUCCGCCAGUACAUCGCAGACAACCUGCAGCUCAGGACCGAGGUACCGGCCCUCGAGCUCAAGGAUGACGGUACACUCGUUGGAGGCAGCCGAGACGGCGCCGACGUCCUGGCUGAGCAGCAGAAGAGCAAGGCAGAGCUGCCGGGCGUCCUCGUCGGCCCUGAUUCCACACCCACACUGUCCUUCACAUCUGGCUCGGAGGGCAAGCCCAAGGGCGUCAAGGGGCGACACUUCUCGCUGACCCACUACUUCCCGUGGAUGGCUGAGACAUUUGGACUGUCUGAGAACGACAAGUUCACUAUGCUGUCGGGCAUCGCCCACGACCCCAUCCAGCGAGACAUCUUCACACCCCUGUUUGUUGGUGCUCAGCUGCUUGUGCCGAGCAAGGAGGACAUCCAGCACGAGAAGCUGGCCGAAUGGAUGCGCAAGUACGGCGCCACAGUCACACACUUGACACCAGCCAUGGGUCAGAUCCUGGUAGGAGGUGCUUCGGCCAUCUUCCCUGCCCUACACCACUCGUUCUUCGUUGGCGAUCUGCUCAUCAAGCGCGAUGUCAGGAGACUGCAAGCCCUUGCGCCAAAUGUUCGUGUUGUCAACAUGUAUGGUACCACCGAGACGCAGCGCGCUGUCAGCUACUACGAAGUACCGAGCGCCACCGAAGCCCCCGAGUUCUUGGACAGCAUCGGCGAUGUUGUUCCAGCAGGCCGUGGCAUGAACAACGUGCAGCUGCUGGUAGUCAACCGCGACGAUCGCAACAAGGUGUGCGGCGUUGGCGAGAGUGGAGAAAUAUACGUUCGCGCUGGUGGUCUCGCCGAGGAAUACUUGGGCCUGCCAGACAUGACGUCUUCCAAGUUCGUGGACAAUUGGUUCGUUGAUUCCAAGAAGUGGGCAGACGAGGACAAGCAGCGAGUCGAGAGCCAGGGCGCAGCUGAGCCGUGGCGCGAAUUCUACAAGGGCCCUCGCGACAGACUGUACCGCUCUGGAGAUCUUGGACACUACGGGCCUGACGGCAACGUUCACUGCACUGGACGUGUCGAUUCUCAAGUCAAGAUUCGCGGUUUCCGUAUCGAGCUUGGAGAGAUCGACUCGCAUCUGUCCGCUCACCCCUUGGUCCGAGAGAAUGUCACAUUGCUCAAGCGCGACGCGUACGAGGAGCCCCAGCUGGUCAGCUACAUCGUUCCCGAGAUGAAGCGAUGGUACGACUGGCUCGAGGAGCGCGGCGCUACCGAGACUUCUACAGAUGAGACCGAUAUGGUCUCCAUGCUCAAGCGCUUUAAGUACCUGAGAGAUGACGUGCGCGAGCACCUCAAGAAGAAGCUCCCGUCCUACGCUGUUCCAUCAGUCAUCGUACCCAUGUUGCGAUUCCCUCUCAACCCCAACGGCAAGAUCGACCGUCCCGCGUUGCCCUUCCCCGAGCCGAAGCAAAUCGCUGCUGCAGGUGCUAGGCGGCCGUCACAGCUGGGCCAAGCUCUGACUCCUACUGAGCAGAAGAUGGCUGAGAUCUGGGCUGAGCUUCUCAGCGACCGCGGUGUGACCGCUGAAAGUCUUAGUGGUGGCGAUUCGUUCUUCGAUCUCGGUGGCCACAGCAUUAUCGCACAACAGCUUCUGUUCAAGAUCCGUCAAGAGUGGAAGGAUAUUGAUGUGCCUAUGACCACAAUCUUCCAGUACCCAACACUGCGCGCAUUCUCAGCGAACAUUGACCAGGCCAUCGACCCCAUCGGUCUGCGACUGGACUCUGCUGAAGCUAUUGAGGACGACCCAGAGGACGAGGCCUACUCCGCCGACGCCAGAGAUCUUGUUGCGCAGUUGAGCGAUUUCAAGACCAGAGAACCUUUGGUGCCUGGUGAGGACAUCCACACCUUCCUCACUGGUGCCACUGGAUUCUUGGGAGCGUACAUCCUACGUGACCUCCUUGCGAGACCUGGCAAGGUCACGGUGUUAGUCCGUGCAAAGGAUCUUGAUGGAGCACUCGAUCGUGUGCGCAAGACCUGCGAAGCGUACGGUAUCUGGGAGGAUAGUUGGGUGGGCCGCCUCGAACCGCUCGUCGGUGACCUCCAGCAGCCCAACUUCGGUCUUGGGCCAAACACUUGGAAUGCGCUCUGCGACUCGGUCGAUGUCGUUAUCCACAACGGCGCUCUCGUGCACUGGGUUCUUCCCUACUCUCGCCUGCGCGGUCCAAAUGUGGAAUCUACCAUGACUGCUCUCUCCCUCUGCUCUACUGGCAAAGCCAAGAACUUUGGUCUUGUGUCAUCCACAUCCGUCCUCGACACCGAUUACUUCGUCAAGUUGUCUGAGAAGUCCGUGUCCGAAGGUGGAACUGGCGUUCUUGAAGAAGACGACCUCGAGGGCGCCCGCAAGGGUCUUGGAACAGGAUACGGUCAGUCCAAGUGGGCUGCAGAGUACAUCACACGUGCAGCUGGCAAACGCGGUCUUAGUGGCUGCGUAAUCCGCCCCGGCUAUGUUCUCGGUGACCCAGAGAACGGCACGACCAACACCGAUGAUUUCCUCAUCCGCAUUCUCAAGAGUUGCGUCCAGCUCAAGUCCCGCCCAGACAUCAAGAACACGAUCAACAUGGUUCCUGUGAACCACGUCGCUCGCGUUGUUGUAUCGUCGACUUUCAGCCCGCCUGUCGCACCGCUUGGUGUAUCGCAAAUCACUUCGCACCCACGCAUCACAUUCCAGCAGUUCCUCGGUAGCUUGGAGUCAUUUGGCUACAACGUUCCUGAAGUACCAUAUUCACAGUGGAAGAAAGACAUGGAGGCCUAUGUUGCGGAUCGUUCCGGCACUAGGGAGGAGAACGCACUGCUGCCGCUGUACCAUUUUGUCACGGGCGACUUGCCAGCCGAUACCAAGGCACCAGAGAUGGACGACCGCAACGCGACGAAGGCACUAAAGGAGGACAAGAAGUGGACAGGGCAAGACUGGAGCGCUGGCGGUGCUGUGACAGAGGAUACAGUGGGUGUGUACCUCAGCUAUCUCAUCGAGCUCGGUUUCAUGCCCAAGCCCGAGAAGAAGGGUCUGAAAGACCUGCUAGUAAGCAAGUUGACAGACGCCAUGAAGGAGACUUUGAAGACCGUUGGUGGUCGCCGUGGUGUAUAG